CUCAGUUUAAAAAUUGUUAAAUCAAUUUCAGAUAAAAAUAUGAAAACUAUGCUGAGAUUAUGAAAUUAUAAACUGUAUUGCAAAAAGAAAGUAAUGAUGAGUAGAGCAGGAUAGGGAUGGAAGGAUUAACAACAGUUUUAAACCUAUUAAACUCUAAUAUUCAACUGGGUAGACUCAGUACAGGGUGUACUGGACUAGACCAACUACUGAAAGGUGGGCUUGAGUAUGGGAAAAUAACAGAACUCUACGGGGAGGCAGGAGUAGGUAAAACGUGUUUUAUCCUGGAUCUAGCGGUCAGAUUGGCAGCUGGUGACUGUAACACCGUUAUACUAGAGACAGAAGGGAAACUUUCCACUCCAAGACUGAAACAGAUUAUUGAUAACUUUAGUUCUGACACUAGCACUAGCAGUUCAGAUAGUUUACUAGAUAGAAUAUGGAUCAGAAAAUGCCGAAGUCAGCAGGAACUUAUUUCAAGUAUUUAUCUUCUUCCAAUCUUCAUUAAGAACAAGGGUAAUGUAAAGGCUAUAUUUGUUGAUAGUAUUGCUUUCCUGUUUAGAUAUACUGAGGAUAAGGAGGACCAGUUUAGUAACCCUGGUUAGUUAUACAAUUAAA